CCAUCUCACAGCAGAGCUCUUGGGACCUCCUCCCCCUGAAGACAAUGGUUUCUCAGGGUGUGGGCUGGACUUACCUGGGAGCUUGUCAAAUAUGCAGUUUCUCAGAGAUACUGGCUCAGGGUGUGGGUUGGGGCCCAGGAAUCCAAAUUUCCCAGGGGUCCCAGGUUGUCCUUACUCGCACUAGUUGCUGGUGACCACCUAAGGGCAGCUAAGAUCCCAGAGGGUGUUUGGUGGCCUGUCCCCUCCCAGCGUUCUCUUUCAGGUCAGGUGGCUGGGACCAUAACUUAGGCCAGAAGUCAAGUUGGGUUAGUUUAAGGCAGGAAGUAACCCCACAUUCAAGCCAGUGGGAGCCAGGAGUCCAGGAAAGGCCGAUAAAUUACCAACAACCCGGAGCCCAGGCUGACGCGGAGCUGCACAGUGGGGCCAGGCAGCGAGGGGAGUGACAGACGAGAGUGGCCUCAACAGUGAGCAGGGAGCUAGAGCCAGAACCCGUCAGCUUUGCUUCCCAGGGAACUCCCACCUUGACCCAUGAAACCUUCAAAGCACUGAAGCCUGGUCUUUCUGCUUAUGCUGAUGACGUUGAAAAGGUGACGACUUUCUCAUGUCUGUUAGUGCAUCAGAUUUGCCUUCUAACUGUGCAGCUCGUUAAAGCAGCUCCCUUCUCUCGGAUGGAGUGGACUCUGAUGGUGCUGACCUGCGGCCUGUCGUACUGUGCAGGGUGGCCCGAUGAGGAAGCUGGUAGAGGGAGAAGCCACAGGAGGACCACUGCCCCCCGCCCCUCCCCCAUGCCCCCCACACACCCUGACCACCCUCUGCCAAGCAGCACGUGUGCCACCCAUCAGUCUUGGUGUGUUUCAAAAGCACAAAUGCUGCAAACUUACAAAAAGCAUUAUUUGAAAGUUUAAUACUUUUUUUUGUUUUAGUUCCUCUGACUGAAGAUGACAAAAAUUGACUAAAACAAAAUAUUAAAGUUAAAAGCGUAUUAUGCAAAAUCCAAAAAACCAAAUAAGUGUAAAAGAAAUUUAAUUAAACUGUCAAAUAAUUGUUUUGGUAAGUUUGUAGCAUUUCUGCUUCUAAAGCCCUUAAAGCUUAUCACUGCAUGAAUACGGACACCUGUAUUUCCACUAAGGCACUCAUGAAACUGUCACAAAUACAGCUGUAAGUUCCUUUUAGUUCAGGCAUGUCUUGAAUCAAAAGCUAAUACGGGAUUCUUGCCCACAGGUGUGUCCUGAUCUCAGACAGUGAAGUCCUAGCCUGGCUUUCCUGUAGCUUAGUAAACAAAUUGAAAAAAAUCAAAAUUAGUGAUUCUAGAGUGACCAUAAAAUUAGACCUAAUUAAAUUAGAUGUCUUUACAGCAAACUCAUCGAGCUUUUUAAAUCUUAAUUUGUUUGAGUAGGCAGCACAAAUUCAAGUGGGACAAAUUUCCCUGCUUCCCAGGGCAGACAGCAAAAACUGCCCUCCACCUCUAGUCUCCCCCGGUUUCAUACGUGUCCUUCAAGAGCAGGUUUCGGUGUCCAUGAGCAAGUGGAUCUGUGUUCCUCUCCCCUCUUUAUUUUACAGACACAGUAGGAUGGCAUUAAUUUGUUCUCCGCUUUGCUUUUGCAGAUCAUUUACUGUCAGGGUAUGAAGAACUUGCUUGAUUUUUCUGGCUGAAUGGUAUUGUAGUGUAUGCAUGCACAUUGAAUUUACAGACCCAGUUCCCUCCUGAAGGACAUUUAGAUAAUGUCCAAUCUUUUGAUCUUAACAGUAUAAGAAAAGCUGAGGUUUGUCGCUUUAUAUGCAGUUGGUGACCCCCUCGUGCAAGGGUGUCUCUCGAAUGAAUUCUUAGAGUGGGAUUUCUGAGUGAGAGGAAUGUGUUUUCCCUGUGGACAGGCAUUACAGACUGCCCCUGUGGCAUUGUACCUACUAAGAGGCUCAGAGGUCCUCUACCAAGGUUCCCCCCCACCCCCCACUAACACAGGCCCUUAUCCGACUUUUGGACCUCAGUGAUUCCUCGAUGUAGUUAUUCCUGGGGUUUUAGCACUAUGAGGGAACCCAGAAUUCAUUCAUGAUCUCCAGGGGAGUCGCGACUCGUCUGAAGUCACCCAGUGAGGUGGGUGACGGGGCCAGCUGGGGUUUUGGUUGCAAGCGUGGUAGCACACCAGGAGCCCCUCUCGUGUGUCCUCACCCCACCAUGCUCUGCUGCUGAGGGCAAGUCUCCAUGUUUACCUGGUCCCUGGGCCCCACACCCCCACCAGCACCACUUAAGUCACUGUUUUCUGCUGAUUUGGAAAAUUAGAAAAAAAAUACAUUUAUAAAUUAAUGAAACCAAAAGGGUCAGGGGAGCAUCCUUGCUCCUGUAUGCUGAGCUCUGACAGACCCUGCUUUACUUGUACCACACAGAGCACUCCGGGGAUUCAGGAAUUGCUGGAUGUUGCUAAACAAGACAUUCCUUUUGACUUCUGGAAGGCCACGCCCUUGGUCCUCAAGGCCACAGCUGGUUUACGCCUGUUACCAGGAGAAAAGGCUCAGAAGUUAUUGGAAAAGGUGAAAGAGGUGUUUAAGGCGUCGCCUUUCCUUGUGGGGGAUGACUGUGUGUCCAUCAUGAACGGAACAGACGAAGGUGUUUCAGCCUGGAUCACCAUCAACUUCCUGACAGGCAGUUUGGAGACCCCGGGAAGGAGCAGUGUGGGCAUGCUGGAUCUGGGCGGAGGGUCCACUCAGAUCACCUUCCUUCCCAGAGUCGAGGGCACCCUUCAUACCUCCCCCCCUGGCCAUCUGACCUCGCUCCAGAUGUUUAACAGGACCUACAAGCUCUAUUCCUACAGCUACCUGGGGCUCGGAUUGAUGUCUGCACGGCUGGCGAUUCUGGGCGGCGUGGAGGGGACGCCUGCUGCGGAUGGAAAGGAGUUGGUCAGCCCUUGCCUGUCUCCCAGUUUCAAAGGAGAGUGGGAACAUGCUGAAAUAACAUACAGAAUCUCAGGACAGAAGGCAGCAGUGAACCUCCACGAGCUGUGCGCCAGCAGAGUGUCGGAAAUCCUUCGGAAUCAAGUGCACAGAGUGGCAGAAGUGAAGGACGUGGAUUUCUAUGCUUUUUCCUACUAUUAUGACCUUGCAGCAAAUGUUGGCCUCAUAGAUGCUGAGAAGGGAGGUAGCCUCAUCGUUGGAGACUUUGAGAUAGCAGCCAAGUAUGUGUGCCGCACGGUGGAGACCCAGCCACAGAGCAGCCCCUUCCUGUGCAUGGACCUCACCUACGUCAGCUUGCUGCUCCGAGAAUUCGGCUUCCCGGGAAACAAGGUCCUGAAGCUGACUCGGAAAAUCGACAAUGUUGAGACCAGCUGGGCGCUGGGGGCCGCUUUUCAUUACAUCGACUCCCUGAACAGCCGGAAGAGUCGGGCCUCCUAGCAGCCGAGCUGCGGCGGCGGUCCUCACAGAAGCGGCUGCAUCUCCAUAACAGACCCCUUGGGAUCCCUGGACAUGUUAGGAGGACGCCACAGUUCGUCUGUGACCACUCCUCCCCUCGGCCUUGCAGACCUGCCUCUGGUGGGGCAGUGGGCUGGAGGGCAGCCCAGGCCCAGUGCUGCCUCCUACCGGCCUUGGCUCCAUGUGGGCAGCAAGCCAGACAGGGCGAAGGGCACACGUGAGGCCAGGGCGACGCAGCCCCACUGUCCCCCACCGUUGCUCUCUGCAGGGCUGAGGCAUUUGUGAUGUGUGUCCUGUGACAGGUGUCUUGUCUUGUCUCCUUGCCCCUGUUUCCCCCGCCCCCACGGCAGACCUCCACCUUCUCCCCGAGAAUCCAUGGGGAGGUUAUCCAGGCCAUCCUGGCUGCUCUCAGGGUGAGCCGAGUGGGAAGCAUCACGCCCUCUGGGAGGGUAGGCUGGGCGGGACACUGUGAACUCUGGACUUGAACCUGUUUGGCUCCUCCUUGGGUGUGGAUGUGUGAGGUCAUCCGGAGGUCUGUUUCCUCAGUCCUUGAGUGGCUCAGGCUAAUUGAUGGAGUUGGCACUAGGACUGGGAGGAGGGGCGGGGGAAAUACCUCUUCACGGCCCUCGUGUGCCCUGGCUAUUCAGAGAAAGUCUAAGUGUGAGCUGAACUGCUGUGAAAUAUUGUGCUGCGUGAAUGACAUCUCUGUAUGUGGUGCCGAGUGCUUGUGUCUCUUGUGUUCUAAACCCCAGUGAAUGUAUUGCUGCCUUGAGGCAUUCACAAACCCAGAGGUGUCAGAAGACACAACGUCUGCAGGUCAGCCGGGCCGCAGUCCCUGGAACUGCCCUCUCAUGGCUCUACUGGUGUCUGGGGCCACAGCCCGUCCCCCAGGGGCUCCACAAGAUGCUGACUCGACCGUCUUGCCUCCGUGGCACGAGCUCUGGGAGAUGGGGCAGUGCACUGUGCUCAGAUUUGGGUCCCGGGUCCACAGUCAUUCCUGCCAUGAAUGUACAGUACACCGAAGAAACUGAACCUCACUUGUUCUACUCAAAAUAAAGGGUUUGCAGGGG